GUCUGGGGUAUAAAUCAUUAUUCACAUCAUUACUUUGUCCAUUGGUUGUUGACUCUAUUUCUUGCGUUUGAUAUAAGGAGCACCAUUUUCUACUAGAUUUCUUUCUUUUGGCUGUUGCAGCACUUCUGAGAUAUGCCCAUUUUUUUAGUCCAAAGUGGACCUGUAAUUGGUCAGUAAAGAUUCUUCAUUCAAAUAUUUCUGCAUUUUUGUCAUAUAUUGGGUGCCUUGUCAACUUCACCUACUUCAUUCAAACUUGAGCUUUUAUAACUUAUUGAAUGUGCUAAAUAAUUUUAACUUACUUUCCAAUUGGAUCUGCCUGUUGAAUUUUCUUUCGUGCCUUUCACUUCAGAAAACAAUUUCCUUGAACUCCUGCGAGUGAGAUCAUCAAGUAGCUUAAAUCUUCCAAUCAUCCUCUAAAGGUAAGAACAGAAUACCGAAUAACUCAUUUAUAGCAGGGUCCCAUAAAUUGGCAUUGUGGUCCCACUCUUUAUAUCUGAAACUCAUCUCAUUAAUACUGUAAUACAAAAUUAGGCCAAAGUAGCUUCUACCCUGCUGCUUUGGCCUGAAUGCUUGUUCCUCAGUAAAUCCAUCAUAUUACAGCAAGUUAAAUAGUAAUUCACCAGAUCAGUGACAAAAGUAAGCCGAGUUCUCAAGUUUAGAGUCAUGUCUAUGCUAAUAGGUGUAAUCCACAAUCUUGCAAGAGGUACUCCAAAUAGAUCCAGAUCUGCAGGAACAAAGUUGCUUCUUUCUUCAGAGGAAACACCAGAAGCUCUAUUGUUCCUCCCAAAAGCAAGAACCUUUUGUAAUAGCAAAGAUGUUUCCAAGAAUGAGGCUGAAGUUAUCAAACAUGAAAACACAUUCAGACAAGCUGGUGUAUUUGAUUUCAAAAGUUACAUGCUUCAAAAGAUCAAGUCUGUCAAUAAAGCCUUAGAUGCUGCUGUCCCAAUCAGAGAACCAAUCAAGUUCCAUGAAGCAAUGAGAUAUUCGCUCCUUUCUGAAGGUAAGCGGGUUUGUCCUGUACUCUGCAUAGCCACCUGUGAGCUUGUUGGUGGCCAAGAAUCAACAGCAAUGCCUGCUGCUUGCGGAAUGGAGAUGAUACAUGCUAUGUGUAUGAUGCACGACGACCUUCCGUGCAUGGACAACGAUGAUCUCCGUCGAGGAAAGUUGUCACAUCACAAGGUUUAUGGCGAAAAUGUCACUGUUCUAGCUGGUUAUUCCCUUGUUGCCUUAGCAUUUGAGCAUAUGGCAAUAGCCACUAAAGGGGUCCACCCGAAAACAAUGGUUCGUGCUGUUGGAGAACUAGCAAGAUUGAUAGGACCAGAGGGGGCGACAGGUGGCCAGGUGGUUGACUUGCUGUGUGGAGGUAAAUCGGGUACCAGAUUAGAAGAGCUCGAGUAUAUUCAUCGUCACAAGACAGCGGACUUUGCAGAGGCAGCGUCCAUUGUAGGAGCAAUUCUUGGUGGUGCUUCCGAGGAUGAGAUUAAUAGACUUAGGAAAUUCUCCCAGUGUAUUGGGCUGCUGUUUCAGGUUGUGGAUGACAUUCUUGAUGUGACUAAAUCCUCUGAGCAAUUAGGAAAGACAGCAGGGAAGGAUUUGUUGGCUAACAAGUUGACGUACCCGAAGAUGAUUGGCAUUGACAAGUCUAAAAAAUAUGCUCAAAAACUUAGCAAGGAGGCUAAGGAGCAGCUUGUUGGUUUUGAUCCAGAAAAGGCAGCUCCACUACUUUCUGUGGCAGAUUUCGUUCUUCAUCGGCAAAAAUGAUCUCCUUAGGAUGAUAAUACCUGUACUAUUUAACUAGUUGUGAGCAUUUAUGUAAGGACAUAGUAGGGAGUGAAGCUAUUCCAGUUCCUUGAGAUAUAUCAGGAAAUAUCGUUGCUGCUUAAUUUCUCCAUCAGAAACUGACCCUUGUAAUGUCCAAUAGGACAAUGUACUUACUCACUCGUUAAUUCAUAUGUUAAAGGUCACCUGAUUGCUGAAA